AUGACAAUCAUAGAAAUGCCGGCACUAGGGCGCCCAUUCUCCCUAGGGAUGCUGUACGACUGCCGGAAUGAGCAACUUAUCCCAGAUGUAACAUUAGCCAGCAAUAAAGGGGAGCAGGAAAACAAGCUCUCAGCAGAGACAGCCUGGAUCACUAGAGAAGAAGCAGCUGCACGCAGUGAUGAGGACAUUACUAACAGUAGUAAUAAGUUAGAGAAUGUGUAUGGCGUAGAGGCGCUUACAGCUGUGGGUAUCACUUUAUGGAACAGUGAAGCCUUGAGAGAGAAUGUUGCUUUAACAUCCAAAGAGCAAACAUCAUGUGAAAUUAUAACAUCUGACACUGUUUCUGACAAAUCUUCUGCUAUGAAUAUUAAUGCAUCAUUGGAGGCCAGUUUCCUUUCUGGUCUGGUAAACGUUUCUGGAUCAGCUACUUACAUGAACGAUACUAAGAGAUCUAAAAACCAGGCCAGAGUCACUCUGAAAUACUCAAGAACCACAAGAUUUGAGCAGCUGAGUAUGAACCAUUUAGGUACCAAGAACAUGGCUUACCCUGAUGUGUUUGACAAAGGGACAGCCACUCAUGUAGUCACUGGUAUAUUAUAUGGUGCACAGGCUUUCUUUAUAUUUGAUCAAGAUGUGUCCACAUCAGAAAACACUCAGGAUAUACAAGGAACUCUCCAUAUCAUGAUAAAAAAAAUACAGUCAAUUUCAGUUGACGGGAAAGGAUCUCUGACCAUGAAUGACAAAAAGAAAGAACAAGUUAGCACAUUUUCCUGUAAGUUUUAUGGUGACUUUGCUCUUGACAGGAACCCAGUAACAUAUGAAGAUUCCAUUGCAAUCUAUACCAGCCUCCCAAAGUUACUGGGAGAGAAAGGGGACAAGGCUGUACCAGUGAGAGUCUGGUUGUAUCCUCUAAAUAAACUAGACAGUAAAGCUGCCCAGUUAGUUAGAGAUAUUAGUAACAAUUUUGUCUUAAAAGCUGAAAGUAUUGUCCAGCAAAUGGCAGAGGUGAACAUGCAAUGUUAUGACCUGAUGAGACAUCCGGCUGCAGAAACCUUCCCAGAUAUCAAGAAGAAAAUAAGUCAGUUUAGGGAGGUGUGUGAGCAGUUUAAGCUCAUCUUUCAGAUGCAACUUGCACAAACCUUACCCUCAAUCCGUGGUGGUGGAUCAGAAGAAGGGGUACUAGUGGACAUAUUAACUAGAUCAGAACAAUCUCCAUUUGGAAAGGUCCAUAUUGAAGAGUUUUUCAGGCGUGUAGAACAGGAGUUGAAUGUUUUGAAAACCUAUAUGGAAGCAAUGCCAGAUAUCAUAGUUAAAUCAACAGAAACCACCAUAAAUGAAUUGAUACUUAAUCCAAAUAUUUUUUAUGUAGUGUGCUACAAUUUUUCUUCCAUUAAUGAAGAGGAUCCAUAUCUAACUGAUAUAAGUCAAUGGCUCUUAAGUCAUAAUCAUGAAUCAAACAACAAUGUGUAUAAGAGAAUAAACGUCACACCUUGGUUCAAGGUCACAAAUGUGUCCAAAAAGGCAAGAACAUUUUUGAAAGCCUUUCAACAAUUUGCCAUGGUCAAUGCAUCUAGUGAUAAGAUUAAAUGUAUUAUUUCAUCAGUUUCAGACCAAAGUAACCCUGGAGUCUCCAUAUACCUGUAUGAUAGGGGUGAGUUAGUGAGUGCUCAAUUUGAACCUCCAGCUAAACCUCACCUCCCUAUUAUCAGAAGUAAGACACAUGAUAGUAUGGAACUCACACUCAAGCCUGCAGAUUUUGGAAAGAAGUUUAUAGAAAGUUACAACAUAGAAUAUAGAUGUGCUGAUGAUGAGAUCUGGACCACUGUGAGAACAAAUGACAGUAAUGAGGAGGUGACUAUAAAAGGACUAAAACCUAACUCAGUGUACCAAUUCAGAUAUUCUGCUGUGUGUAUUGCAGGAUUAAGUGAGAUUAAUGAUGCUCUAAAAGAUGAGAAAACCCAUCCAACAAGCCCACUUGAAACAAUAAAAGUUACUGCUGUAUCCUCCACACUCAUUUUACAUUGGAAUGAACCUGCAAUCAUUGGUAAUGGAGUCACAAUAACAGAAUAUAUAGUUGAAUAUAAAGAGGAUGUUGACAAUAGACAGCAGACUUGGCUAACAAAAAAAACAGGAAAAAAGGAAGAGAAAUAUAUUAUUGAGGGACUUAAACCAAUGACACCUUACAUAAUCCGUGUGUCAGCAGCAUGUGGGGACGAUGAGCUCAGUGCUCCAAGUCAUGAAAUAAAGGUUUCAACACAAAAAGAGGAGGCAUCUAUGGUUAAAUAUGAGGUUCUUAAAAGAAGCAUUUUGCUGACAGAAGGAAAACCUUCAGUAUAUCAGCUAGCAACUGAUAGCUGUGAAUCUAACUAUCAACAAUACAGCUUAGGAAAAGUAAAUCCUUAUGUGACAAAUAAAGUGAUAUUGUUAAUAGGAGCCACAGGUACAGGAAAGACAACACUGAUUAAUGGAAUGGCCAACUACAUCCUGGGAGUAGAUUGGGAAGACAACUUUAGAUAUAAACUUGUACGUGAGGUAACAAAUAAUUCUGAAGCUCACAGCCAAACUUCUUUUGUCACGUAUCAGAUGAAUUAUAAAGAUGGAUACCAAAUUCCUUACACCCUCACCUUGAUAGACACUCUAGGAUUUGGAGACACCUGUAGAAUAGAACAUGACAAAAAGAUCAUGGAAGAUUUCCAUGCAUUCUUUACAACUGAAGGCAACAUUGAACAUAUUGAUGCUGUGUGCUUUGUCGUUCAGGCUUCUUCGUCUCGUUUAACAUUCACACAAAAAUACAUUUUUAAUUCAGUGUUUUCUAUCUGUGGAAAGGAUAUCAAGGACAAUAUACUGAUCCUUAUAAAUAUCUCAGAUGGAGAGAGACCCCCAGUACUGGAUGUUAUAAAAUCUGCUGACAUCCCCUACUCUCAGGACAGAAAUGGAGACCCUGUUCACUUUAAGUUUAAUAAUUCAGCUCUGUUUGCUAAUAAUCAGACAAGUAACAUGAGUUUUAAUAAGAUGUUCUGGGACAUGGGCAAACACAGUAUGAAAGCAUUCUUUACAUCAUUAAAUCAAAUGCAGACUAAAAGUCUAAAACUGACCAGAGAAGUUCUUAAGGAAAGGAAGGAGCUUGAGGUCACCCUACAGGCUUUACACCCACAUAUCAAGACUGGGCUUGUAAAACUGGAUAAAAUCAUGAAAAUAAAGGUAGCCUUAAAACAGAACAGAGAUCUAAUGGAAGCUGAAAAUAUACUUGAACAGCUAGAGCAUGAUUAUCAUGCUGCGUGGCUACAGAUCAUGGUUCUUAUAAACAUAUCAUUACAGAGUCAGAAACGUCUCAAUGAAAUUGCUUUGAAACCAUAUUCAGUGGAAACCAUUAACCUGAUGAUACAUUCUGAGAUGCAAAAAGCUGAAACAGGAUUUCUGGAGAGGAUCGAUCCAUUGAGAGAAAUGAGAGAGCUUAUAGAGAUGUUGAAACAGAUGUACAGGGACUUGACUUACUAA